CCAUCACCACCGCCCCCCACGCCCCCAGGAGGCCCUCAGGAGAUGGAGGGGCAGGAGCCAGACACGAGGCUGGAGGAGGAGUCCGGUGUCUCCUGGGGUGGGCCAGAUGAGCUGGAGCUACUGUGGAAGGACGGGCAGAGCUGCGUGAGGGCUCGGCACAGCCUCGCCGAGGGCCUGUCCUGGGGCCCCUUCCAUGGGAACGUGCACAGCAAGGUCUCGUCGCCCGGGCAGCUGGAGCCGGGCCCUGCCCGGACGCUGCUGCUGGAGGACGAGCACUGCUGGCUGCGGUUGCUGCCUCAGGCCCUGACCGAGGCCGAAGCCAACACGGAGAUCUACAGGAAGGAUGAAGCCCUCUGGUGCAGACUCACCAAGCCGGUGCCCGCUGGCGGACAGCUGAGCGUGCUGCUCAUGGCGGUCGAGCCCGGGGGCCCCCCCAGCCACACUGUGAAGAAGCCAGCAGAGCCCGGGGGCCCCGCCCCCGCCGACAUCCAGCUCCUGCCGCAGCAGGCCGGCAUGGCGUCCAUCCUGGCCACAGCGGUCAUCAACAAAGAUGUCUUCCCCUGCAAAGACUGUGGCAUCUGGUACCGCAGCGAGAGAAACCUGCAAGCCCACCUGCUGUACUACUGUGCCAGCCGCCAGGGCACCGGUGCCGCGACGGCAGCUGCCGACGACAAGCCCAAGGAGACCUACCCCAACGAGCGUGUCUGCCCCUUUCCCCAGUGCCGCAAGAGCUGUCCCAGCGCCAGCUCCCUGGAGAUCCACAUGCGCAGCCACAGCGGAGAACGGCCCUUCAUCUGUCUGAUCUGCCUGUCGGCCUUCACCACCAAGGCCAACUGUGAGAGGCACCUGAAGGUGCACACAGACACGCUGAGCGGUGCCUGCCACAGCUGUGGCUUCAUCUCCACCACAAGGGACAUCCUCUACAGCCACCUGGUGACCAACCACAUGGUCUGCCAGCCGGGCUCCAAGGCUGAGAUCUUCUCACCAGGGGCCGGGCACCCCGCUGCCAAGCUCCCCCCAGACAGUCUGGCCAGCUUCCAGCAGCCCACGGCCCUGCACGGCCCCCUGGCUUCUGCCGACCUCGGUCUGGCGCCCACCCCAUCGCCAGGACUGGACAGGAAGGCGCCGGUGGAGACCACCAAUGGAGAGGCCAGAGCCGCCCCCCAGAACGGGGGCAACAGCGAGCCCCCCGCAGCGCCCCGGGCCAUCAAGACCGAGGCUGCCACCGAAGAGCCCAAGGCGGAGCCAGGGCCCCCGGCCGCAUCGCGGACACCGUCCCCGCCCAGCCCCGCGGCGGCCAGAGUGAAAGCCGAGCUGUCCAGCCCCACGCCGGAUUGCAGCCCUGGCCCGGGCGAGCUGGGGCUGGCGGCCGGCACGCUCUUCCUGCCGCAGUUUGCCGCGGCGCCGCCGGCCUCCGAGAUCCUGGCCAAGAUGUCCGAGCUGGUGCACAGCCGGCUGCAGGCGGGCGCGGGGGCGCAGGCCGGGCUCUUCGCGGGGGCCCCCAAGGGCGCCACGUGCUUCGAGUGCGACAUCACCUUCAACAACGUCAACAACUUCUACGUGCACAAGCGCCUCUACUGCUCCGGCCGCCGCGCGCCCGACGACGCGGCCCCCGCGCGCAGGCCCAAGGCGCCCCCGGCCCCCGCCCGCGCGCCCCCCGGCCCCCCGCCCGCAGACGCCGACGCGGGACGUGCGUCGCCACGCUCCGGGACGCGCGAGGACGAGGCGGGCGGCGCGCCCACCCCCGAGGCCGAGCCCGAGGCGGAGGGGGGCAGCCGGGGCAGCCCGAGCCCGGGCAGCGGGGCGGACGAGGACGACGACCCCCGCCGGACGCUGUGCGAGGCCUGCAACAUCCACUUUAGCCGGCACGAGACCUACACGGUGCACAAGCGCUACUACUGUGCCUCGCGCCACGACCCGCCGCCGCGCCGGCCCGCGCCCGCCGGGACGCCCGGGACCCCCGCGCCCGCCGCGCCCGCCGCGCCUCCCGUGCGCACGCGCAGGCGCCGCAAGCUGUACGAGCUACACGCGGCCGGCGCGGCCCCGCCCCCCGCCGCCGGCCCCGCCCCCGAGCCGCCCGCGUCGUCGUCGUCGUCGUCGUCGUCGUCGCAGUCACAGUCGCCCCGGCCCGGAAGCGGUGGGCUCGACCCCGCCGACGGCCCCAUCGACCUGAGCAAGAAGCCGCGGCGGCAGGCGGCCCUGCCCGCGGCCCUGCCCGCGCUGGCCGACUACCACGAGUGCACGGCCUGCCGCGUGAGCUUCCACAGCCUCGAGGCCUACCUGGCGCACAAGAAGUUCUCGUGCCCCGCGGCCCCGCGCCGCCUGCGCGCCGCCCCCGAGGACGUGGCCGUCGUGUGCCCCUACUGCCCGCCCGACGGGCCGGUGCGCGGCGACCUCGUGGAGCACCUCCGCCUGGCGCACGGCCUGCUGCUGGCCCAGCCCCCCGCCAGCGCCCGGACGCCCUCGCCCGCCGCCCCCCGCGACGGUCUCAACGGCCGGGAGCCCCGGGAGCCGGGCCCCGGCGCGCCCGACGGCAGCCCCCGGCCCGGCCCGCCGCCGCCCUCCCCGGGCCCCGACGCGGGGCCGCCGCGCCCGCCGACGCCGCCGCCGCUCCGCGCGGACAAGGGCGUGCAGACCCCGGGCAAGGCGGCGCCGGGCGGCCAGCGGUACUGCCGCCUGUGCAACAUCCGCUUCAGCAGCCUGUCCACCUUCAUCGCGCACAAGAAGUACUACUGCGCCUCGCACGCGGCGGAGCACGGGCCCUGAGCCGCCGCCACACUACAGCCGGCACCGCGGCGCCUAAUAAAGAGGUUCAGCCUGA